AGGAAUCCUAUCCUAUCGCUUGGAAAACAGCAAGCAAGCAACCCUUGAUUUGCCACUUCACCUAGCUUAACUAUUUGUUAUUCGUUGUCAAAUUUUCAGUCUCAGCAGGCGUAUUAAGUCAACAGGCCUUUUGUUCUCGUACUAGUGCUUUCUGUGACUUGCUCCGCGGACAGCGACACCUACAACACCUCUGCAGGACAGUAGACCAGCAGGAUUCAUCUACAGAUCCUGUUACGACGCUCAUCAGGUGUAACCAUGACCCACUUCCCGUCCACUCCAACGGGGUUCCUACUUGCUGGCACCUUCUUGGGUGCGUCCCAAACCCCGGGUACUGGCGCCGUGCUAUUGCUGCGGGAGAAGAAAUCCGCGACCUCGACGCAAAGCCGCGAAACCACCGCCGACGGGCCAGCUGUUCUUUCUACUGCGCGAGGAAACAAGCAGUCGCUUUUGCAGAAGAAACCAGUCGUGCGCGGCCCGCAGAAACUCCGCGAUGUUGAAAACGACAGAAAAUUCCAGGGGGACCAGACCUCUUUCGACACGACGACAGCGACGAAGAAAACAAUAAAUGACAAAUUACUUCUGGAUCGUCUCGUUGCGGCCGGCGCGAUCCAAAACACCGCUGGCCUUUCUGCAGUAGAACAUCAGACAAGGGAGCAUGAAGAUGAUAAAACGGAUCCUGCAAAAAUCGCAGCGUUUUCCUCCUCGCCCCCGUCUCUUUUGCAAAAAGCGAGGAAGAUCACGAAAAAAGAAACGACCUCCGCCGGCGAAGCAGGUCACCAGACGGGGGAGCUGCACCAACCGUCGGAUCUCGUCGACUACUGCCCCACGGAAAAGUAUGGAAGCGUCAGGAUCGGAAUAGUCAAAGUUGAAAUGAUUUGUGAUGCAUAAAAUGCAGCCCACAAAGUGCCUGUCUUGCAGAGUAGGCAAGUGAGGCAGAUUGUAAGCCUGUUGAGGGGUGGAAACUGAGCUGCCAAAGUAGCAUGGCAAAAGGCGUCUUCCUUACUCAAACAGCAUGACAGACUGGAUUUCGGUUCUACGCAAAUUUGUCAUGCGCCACUUGGAAGCUGGGCUACAACCGGCAUCCGUUUUAUGCAUCACAGAUUAUUUCAAUUUCGCCGUGUCAAUCCUGACACUCCCAUAAAAAGGACUGGAAUUUCUACCGUCCGCAGGGACACUCGUUCUUGCCCGCGCAGAACGGCUGGGGCGUGGGGUACCGCAUGUUCAACGAUGAGCCCGGGGCGGAUUCGUUUGGUAUCGUGAGCAAAUUCACCAUUGACGUGGUGGGUGGGUACGUGGAAGCUUUGCAAAUGGACGUGAGCCAAGUCGAGGACGGCAUCAACGCCAAUUUCUACACCACGAGCCCGGAGGACAUUUUCCGGGACCCGGGGGAGUGGGAAGGGAAAAUCAACGCGUGCGACAGCGGCGGAGCGCAGGAACCCUGCAUGGAACUGGACCUCGUCGAGUACUAUAAUUAGAGUGACUUACUUCUUCGCUUGUUUUUUGUCGUGGCACUAUUUUUACACAUGAAGGAAUUAUUAACCAUGCCGCAUCUACAACUUUGACUUUCACUCUCCAUUCCACAAAAUGAGGGGGAUACAUGAAGAAGCGGUCGAAGUCAUUGUCAUUUCGGUUUCUCAACACAGAGAGGCUUCACUUCACUUCGCUUCUAAUAGGGUUUGAUUUAUUUUCCGUUGUAGUAAGUCGUAGUCCUGAUUAAGUAAUUGAUAAAUACAGAACCACCGGCGGAUGCGGGUUUUGCGCCACCUGGCACGACCCGGACGGGAAGAACGGGGGUCCUUGCGACGGUAUCAACUACAAAUAUGUCUGAGUCGGGACGAAAGUUGUCCUGCUGAUACACGAAUAUUAAAAAGCCGAUUUUAAUAGUCGCAGCAAAGCCUGAGAAAUUAAUUUUUGCACGGCGCUGGAGUGCGCAAUCCACAUGUUGAGAGAUCGCGUUUGUACAUGACAAAGAGGCCGCAGCAGACUGUUGUUGCAUGCAUAUGCAUUGCAGAGUUCUGGAGCUGCAUAUUGCAAGUUGCAAUCUUCCAGACUCAGACACAUUUGCCGUUGAUAGACGGUGGGGGCUGGCGGUGCCAAAACGGAUGGUCGCUGGAGCGGAAGCCGUUUGACGUCAAGAUGACAAUCGACAACGACGGGUGCGGAAACUACUGGAAGGAUGGGCAGGUGAUCUUGGACAAAAAGGUGAUGGACUGCACCGGCACGAAGAACAUCGUGCAGACCCGUGGGAUCCUGAUCCGCAGCACGCAGUGGGCGGGGUGGACCUACAUGGACCAGCACCCGGAAUGGACGCCCCAGUGCCCAGGCACGAAGACGGGUGGCGGCCCGGCCAGCGGGACGGGCUUUUCGGUCGCCGGGGUGCGGUUCCGGGGGAAGUUGGUGCAGGGUGAGGAGCCGACCCGGUGUGCGGAUCUGUGGGCGCCCGCGACCGCCGAUGCGGGCGGCGCCGGAACCGGCACGAACGGCGCGGGAGGUACUGCAGGUUUGUAUCCCAGGAGGAAAGCGUACCCAUGCAUGAUCUUCUACUUUUUACCCCUUAGAGCAGGCUGUGCCGGCGCCCUAGGAGGAGAUCUACUGGUUCAUCUGGGUGACAAAAAAGCCAGAAGCUCUAUCUUCGAGGAGUCGCACUGUGCAUAACAAGUUCUCGUGAAGAUCGGUGCUAUAAUUUUUAGAACCGCAGCGCAAUAAUUCAGUUUCUGAAAGUAUUAGUCCUGAUCAUUGAUUGGUGGGACAUAGCGCAUGACAGAUCUCCUGCACUGCCCAAAGCUGCCUACGCCGUGCGAAGGUCUUUGAUGAGGCGCAAAAUCGGGUACUAUGCAUGACGACGUCGCUUCGUGCAGGUGCAGUCGGAUAGUAUAUGCAUGAUAGUUCCCUUCACACUAAGAGGUUUGUUCACCUCCAGUUGUAGUACUGAGUUUGAGGACUACAUGGGUACGUUUUUCGACAGGAUACAGGGCAGCAAACUUCUGUCACUGGUACAAACAACCUCGGUACAACGACUGGCGCAAACGGGCUCCUGCCGGGUGGACAACAAAUUCCAAACCUCCAGACCGGGUCCGGGGGUGGGUUGCCCGUGCCGCAAUAUGGAGACGGUGCAGUCGCCGGUGAAACGUUCAUGGGUUCCUCCACGACCCUAUCAAAAGGAAAAAUCCCCCCACUCCAUAUCGAAAUGGAAAUCUGUGAUGUGGGAUUUGUGUACACAAAUCGGCUUUGUCUUGCAGUAGAGGACUGCAGACAGAUACAAAGCCGGAUUAGGGCUGUUUUGGCGUAGGCGCCUAGCAAGCAAGGUAGGGCCAUUCUCUGUAGGCCAGACAGCAUUACAAAUUGCCUGCAGAACGCGGCGGGGUUUUUUUCUUUGUCUUCUUGCAAUACAGAGACGAUUUGUGGCCUCAAAUCAGCAUCACAAAUUUUGAGAAGUAUCCCGCUCUGGUAUGGGAAGGGGGGACUUUUCCUCACAAUAGACCCUCCCACAAGCGCAGGACGACGGCUCUUCUUGUGCGUCGGCUGGGGACAUCGCUAACGCAAACAGGGGCCCUGCGAAUGUUGCGCCUGCUAUGCAUUGCAAACAUAAUUAUGUCCUCUGGAAGGUCGUGGUUGGGAAAGUUAUGUACAACUAUGCAGCUAAGAACCAGCAUGUGUGAAUCAGAAACGAAAUCAUUUUUACCUCCAACUACCUCCACACGGAGCCAUGCAUACAGACUUGCAUGUAGCAGUUUUGCAUGCGAAACAACAUGCGUCUUCACAGGUUUUUGACAUGAUCAGGAACUUUUACGACAAAUCUUGCAACCGUCCAGACCCAGAUCGAUGUUUUUUUUGCAGUGGAUAAGCGCUAUGGCACAGCAACAGGUGGUACGAUGAUAGCGCAUCGUUAUGUACCUCCUAAGAGAGAGGUACAAGGAUGCCGCCCAUGAUCCUGUUUCAUCAGAUUGGUCAUUCAUCCUGAUUUGUUGGCAUCAAAAUGUUCGCGGGUAGAAGCGGCACUAGUACGUCAUUUUUGUUUCGUCUUAGCUAAAAAUUGCUUUCCCUAAGUUUCAACAAAUUCAUCUUCGGCAACAGAACUAACGAAGAUCCUCAUCAUCUUUUCGCACGAGAAGAUCACAGCCCCUACCCCACUUCAUCGAAAUUUUGCUGUGCUUCGACGCACUUCUAAUUGUAUUUCACGCAGCUUCUAAUUGUAUUUCACGCAAAAUUUGAAUACUUUUACUGCAGUCUUAUCGUAAUACUUUUACUGCAGUCUUAUCGUUUCAGAUCAAACCGAGCAAACCCACAUCGAACGUCAAAUUCUCAAAUGCACUAGUAGCCCAAAAAUAUCCCAAAUCCUUUCACCCAAAACUCUUUCGCACUAUCUCUCCGAAGUCCUUCUCCACG